AUGACACAACCACCGCCCUUGAAAGGCAUUCGAGUGCUAGAAUUCGCAGGUCUCGCUCCUGGACCUUACGCGGGUCUUCUACUUGCUGAUUACGGUGCUACCGUCCUCCGUCUUGAUCGCGCGCACCCGCAGGCUCACACUUCUGAUCCUCCACCUGCGACCUCCGACCAACUCACAAGGCAUAAAAGCUCGGUGACGGUCAACACAAAGAGUCCAGAGGGAAUUAGAUUGAUCAAAUCUCUCAUACCACAUGUCGAUGUCGUCAUCGAUCCCUUCAGACCAGGCGUUCUGGAGAAGAUGGGUCUAGGACCAGAGGAAGUGCUUCAGAAAUUGAAUCCUAAACUAGUCGUUGGUCGCAUGACAGGCUUUCGCCGCGAUGGCAAAUACAAGGACAUGGCUGGCCAUGACAUCAACUACAUCGCCGUGUCUGGAGUCUUGAGCAUGUUGGGCCGAGCGGGCGACCGACCAUUUGCACCGGGCAACAUUAUAGGCGAUUUCGCUGGAGGUGGCGCAGUAUGCUUCAUGGGCAUACUUUUGGCGCUCUUUCAGCGCGAAAGGACAGGUCGCGGCCAGGUAGUCGAGGCCAAUAUGGUUGAUGGAUCCGCGCAUCUUGCAUCUUUGCCGCGCUUAACUAUGAAGACGCCAUUGUGGAGCGGGGAGAGGGGCACGAACAUCCUAGACGGAGGCUGUCCAUAUUACGACACUUACGAGACUAGUGACGGACGUUACAUGGCAGUAGGCGCACUCGAGCCUCAAUUCUUCGCCGCGCUGAUGCAAGGACUCGGCUUCGCGCCUUCACGCUGGGCGCAAAGUCGCUUCGAUCGGAGUACUUGGCCGGAACUGCGGACGACCUUCACGAGGCUCUUCAAGGAGAAGACCCGCGACGAGUGGGAAAAGAUCUUUGAUGGCACAGACGCCUGCUGUACGCCUGUCUUGACGCAAGCAGAGUUGGAGACAUCCGGCUUUGAUCAAAGACCAAUCGUCACCCUUGCCUCUACGCCUGCAUAUGCGAUCGCUCAGGGUGAUGCUACGAAGCGUAAGCCUGCUGAGGGCCAGGGUGCAGGCGUGGAAGGUUCGGGUUGGUCAGCUCAUGGUCUUCAGCCAGGGGUGGGAGGGGAACGUGUUCUGGCCCAGUGGAUGGGUUGGACACGAGGUCAUCAUUACGAGGUCAAGGAAGGUGGGCUACAGCUACUGCAAGGGGCAUUAAACAGCAAGCUGUAG